AUGGUUACUUCUUUACCUUUAAAUAAUAACGAUGAUCCUUUAGAUAGUGUCGAUAACUUAAAAAGCAAACAAUCAAAAAAAUCACAUACUGCUAGUUAUGAAAAGAAUAAUGCAACUGUUACUUCACAUAAAAAAAAUCAAGAUACAGUUACUUCAGUUGUUGAUAAUCAAACUAUUGAUGAUAUUUUAAAUAGUUUCGACAACAGUAUUGAACCAAAUCAUAAUAACGAGGAUGUAAGUUAUAAUAGCGAAAUUGAAGAGACGAAAUCUUCUCAAUCUCAUAUUAGAUUAAGAGCUAUUAUUUCAGAUAAUUUUAAUAGUACAUUAAUCUCGGCACCUUUAAGACCUUCAGUAACAAGAGCUAUGAGCAUUCAUACUACAAGCAUUCUUAAUGAUGACUUUAUUCCUUUCAAUAGACCUGCAUCUCACUCUCUUAUAUCUGCAUCUUCAGGAUUAUUACAAGCACUUAAUUCAGAUAAUUCAUUCAUGCUAAACACUUCCAAUAUUCCAUCAGCAUUUAGAGAAAUAACAAUUUAUCAACUAUUUGUAGAUGGAUCGCUCUUUACUUCUCAAUUAUUACCGAUCACAUCACAACCAGCAAUUCAGGAUAAUAAAAUAAAAGCUGGUUAUGAUUUUCUGGAAGAACUAAAAUGUCUUUUUCUUCGUGUUCGAAAUCCCCAUAAAAAUGCAAUUGAGGAAUUGGUCAGACAAAUUAUCAAAUGCAAUCUCAAUUCAGCUGAUGGUACUUCUACUUUAUCAAAAAAAAAAGAGAUGGAUGAAUUAAAAGCAGAGAACUCUCUAUUUUAUUUGUGCCAGUUUAUUAAAAAGGCAUUCAUUGUUAAUUAUAUUGCUAGAGAUCCGGAAAAGACUAAAACUUUGGACAGUAUAAUGAAAAAUAUUGUCGUACCCUCACAAAUUAGAAAAAAUUUCGCCAACAAUUUACAUUUGUGA